UGGAAAAGGCCCCCCCCUGAAAUCAGCUGUGAGCGGUGCUUGUUAAAAAAAAAAAAAAACUGACAGCAGGCAACGAACUUCACAUAACAUCAAAGCCAAUUUUCCGCUUUUCAAUAUUUUGGAAACGCCAGAAUGCUGACGAACUGUGCCUCCAAGACGCUGGCCGCUGUGCGCGCCAACAUUCGGGCCAUUGCCACCGGAAGUGCCCGGGCCAGCGAUAAUCUGUUCGUGCAUCGGGACACGCCGGAGGACAACCCGAACAUCCCGUUCGAGUUCACCGCGGAGAACAAGAAGCGCGUGGAGGCGAUACUGAGCAUCUAUCCGGAGGGCCACAAGCGCGGCGCCAUGAUCCCUUUGCUCGAUCUCGCCCAGCGCCAAUACGGCUGGCUACCCAUCUCCGCCAUGCACAAGGUGGCCGAGAUCUUGCAGCUGCCCAAUAUGCGCGUCUACGAGGUGGCCACCUUCUACACGAUGUUCAUGCGCAAGCCCACCGGCAAGUAUCACAUCCAGGUGUGCACCACCACGCCCUGCUGGCUGCGCGGCUCCGACGACAUCCUCGAGCAGUGCAAGAAGCAGCUGAACAUCGGCGUCGGCGACACCACCAAGGACAAGCAGUUCACCAUCUCGGAGGUCGAGUGCCUGGGCGCCUGCGUCAACGCGCCCAUGGUGGCGAUCAACGAUGACUACUAUGAGGAUCUGACGGCCAAGGACAUGCAGGACAUCCUGAACGACCUGAAGGCGGGCAAAAUAUCGCCGCCCGGUCCUCGCAACGGUCGCUUUGCCAGCGAGCCGAAGGGCGAGCCCACUUCCCUGAGCGAGGAGCCCAAGGGUCCUGGCUUUGGCCUGCAGGCCGGCCUCUAGAUUUCUCCAGAGGAUUGGCUGCAUGGAGCGCAGAACCUAUCACUGAUUGUCGAACGAAAGUUAAAUAAAUAUUAAGCAACUCUUAGAGGUCA